AUGAUGACUAAAUCAUUUUUCAUUACGACUAUUAUAUGUUAUGUCUUUACCCUUACCUACGGUCAAGAGUCCAAUCCGGCACCACCAGUACUCCCUUCAACCGGAGCUUCUCAAACUAAUGUUGCUGUAGCUCCAGUAAACGCAAAUUCAAAUGCAGAAGCUCCAGCUAUAGCAAACAAUGUACCAGUAACAGCUGGGAAUGAAGAUUGUGCGCCAAAGGAUAUUAACGUUAAUCCUAUGUAAGAGAUUUUAGUUUAGCUAGCUUUGGUAUAGCUUUUAUCUGACUAGAAAUGUCUCUUUUCCUACAAAGCCUCACCGCUGGCCUGGCUUUGCUUGAUUCUGCAGAGCUUGAAACUGGUUGAAUAAUAGCUUUACUCUAGUCUUACCCUUAUCCUCGCCUUUCUCUAGCUUUACUCUAUCUAUACUCUGGCAUUAUAAAAACUUUUUUGUGGUCCUAACUAGUAGCCAUUCCGUAUUUCACCCUUGCCAUAGCUAAUUAAUGUUGUUUUUAGAAACAUAAACGCAAAAUGUUCUGAAACAACGCUCAAACUUAAGUUCAAAGCUAUUGACAACUUCUACAGCACAGUCGACAUUGACACUUCUGCUGAAUGCAAAGGGGAUGUUAGGUAAAAUGCGUUUCUCAACUAAUAAUUUAAAAAAAACUUAACAAAAGGUAAAAUACGAGUGCCAUUAAAAUUGUUGUAAACUUGAGCGAUAUACUAUGUACAUAGUAUUUUAUAGACGUAUGUCAAGAAAGCUAGGUGUAAAUUUAUAAAAUAUAAUACAACAAUAUUAGGUUGUUCAAAUAAUUUUGUGCCUCUUUUCAAAGCGGAUUUUUGAGAUUUUAAAGCACAGAAUUAUUUGAACGACCUAAAACAUCAAUAAAUUAUAUACAUUUUUAAAAGAAAAAGUCUUGUCGCCAACAUACAUUGGUUGGACGGCGAAAAACGACAAGACUUUUUCUCUGAUGUAUUAGCUUGUUCAAAUCAUUCUGUGUCUUGUUCCAAAGCAAAUUUUAGAAGUUGUGGAGCACAGAAUUAUAUGAACAACCUAGUAAUUUAAUGUAUUAUGUAUAUUAGAUAUGUUGCAGCUUCAAACUGCUAUUAGACGAUUGUGUUGUGUAUGAAAUUGCUAAGACCGACAUACCUGGUGGUGAAGUUCUGGUGAUCAACAAAGGUAACGUUACCUUAAUUUUGAAAAUUUUCAGUUUUUUAUUUUUAAAACUUUCUGAUAUUUUAGAUGUAUCAAACGUUAUCACUGGCCACGUAGCCAGCUUUGAACUGAAGAAUACGACUUUGAAAGUUGAUGGAAAUUCGAAGAAGUUUGAUCAAGAAUCAAAGUGUUCUACAUCAGCUGCUUUGAGUGAUGAUGGGUUAGCUGUAUUGAAGAUGAUUAACAGCAAAAAGGGCUGUAAUGUCAAGGUUUUAUUGGUAUGCACAACGUUUACUUAUAUAUUUUAAUGCCCAAGCCUAAAGCCCUAGCUUAGACCCCUAGCCCAGAGCCCUAGCCUAGAGCCCUAGCCCAGAGCCCUAGCCCAUAGCCCUAGCCCAGAGCCCUAGCCCAGAGCUCUAGCCCAGAGCCCUAGCCCAAAGCCAUAGCUCAGAGCCCUAGUCUGGAGCUCUAGCCCAAACCACUAGCCCAGAGUUCUAGCUCAGCUCUAACCAAUGACAGAGCUCUAGCCCAGAGCCCUAGUCAAGAGCCUCCAGUUCAAAGCCCAGAGUCUUGACCCAUUAAGCCUUACCAAUCUAGCCUUAGCUGCACCACAACUCUUGUCUUUGCGAGGUCACAGCCUAUAGCCCUUUAUUAGUUUUAUUAUGCUUUACAUUUUUCAUUUUCUACUCUUGUCUUACUGGUACAAUACACUUGCCUACCUUAGACUUACUUCUGCUUCUUUAUGUCAGCCUUAUCCUAACUAUAGUCUAGUUCAAAAAAUUCAUUGUUUCCUUUUUUUAUUAUUUUCAUUAGCCAAAAAAUAGGUUAAUAAACUAAAAACCUGUGUAAUUCCAGGAUCCAGACGCCCAUCUUCAUGUAGUUGACCAAAGCGUUCAAGCCGCUUCUUUGAACUCUACGUUACUUAUAGUGGCUUUGGUGAUGUCGUAUGUGAUUUAUUUUGACUUUCUUUUUAAAUCAUUACAUUAUUACUCCUAUUGUUAUCAAAAAAAUAUUUUUUUUGUAAAAAUUUUGAAAUUUUUAAAUUUUUUAAAAAAUUUUUUUAAUUGAAAACAAAAAAACAAUAAAAAUUAAUAAGUUCGUAUUUUAACAUAUCUAACUUUAGAAUAGUAACCAUAGCCAUGCUGUUUAUCUUUAUUAUCCUGUGGUACACGGACCGCCUACCAGGUAUACCAUCACGACCACCUUCACCAUCAAUUCACUGCACUUAUUUCACUCGUGACGUCUUUUCUCAACCGUGAGCUUUCUAUUCGUUUUGGCUUAUCUACUAUCACUUCUAAGGCUUGUUUUGUAUAUUUAAACGUUUAAUAGGUCCAAAAGCUCUUGGACAAACCACUGUAAAGUUUUUUAAAUUUUUAUCUUUGCGGACCUUUUCACAAAAAUUGUUGUAGUAGAUUGUCAUUAUAUGUCAAACGUCAAUGUCUUUUAACUGCAGGACGAAGCCGAACGUACGACCUGAGCCGAAGACCGAAUCCAUCGGCCAACACUCAAUAGAAUCCGAAGCUGACAUCUUCGAUCCGCCCAGAAGGCCGCGACGUUCGAUCAUAUCGUUGUAUAGUAAUCCAGGCGAACGGAGAAUUGAAUAA